AUGAUAGAUCCUGGACAAUGGAUGCACAUGCACAUGCAGGCGAACACUCACAAUCAUCCAAGCCCAACUGAUUUCGACACUUAUCUGCCAUGGGCUUGCAACCAGAUGGCUGUUGAACUGAGGAUUGUCGUUACCAGAACAGCUAUGAGUGAAUAUGUAAGCGUUGUAGCAAGCGAUCGCACCAAAAUAAGGAAACCAAAAAAAGCCAAGAAACGGUCUCCAUCAGAAGACGGUAGUUCCCAAAGUUCCAGCGGCAAUUAUAACAUCCCGUCACUUGUCUCCGGAGCCGACGAUAUCGUCAACAUACAUGCAAUCUAUGAUCAGUUCAUGAACCUAGUACAAAUCAAAUUUCUAAAAAACAAGUACAUACCAAGAGAAGUAAUUAAAAUAAUAACACUUCUAGUCCCAAUGUAUAAAUACUUGACAUCUAUUACGAUCGACUGUGGCUUGCAAGUGGGCACGAUCUACGACAUAUCUCAACUCCUACCUGUAUCUAAAGUCACAGAAUUAUGUUUAGAUAAUACGGAUGUUGUUGAAGCUAAUUAUUACAUUCUAUUGAAUGAGCCUAUCCUAAAACAUUUAUCCUUAGCAAAAUGUAAUCUUAAUGAUGAAGUUGUUAGACUGAUAGCUGAAAGAAUUGUUUAUCCUUGUCCUGCGUCUAAAUCAUUAACCGUGCUUAACUUGUCGACUAACGAAAUCACAGACGUUGGUGCAAAAUACUUAGCAGAAGCAUUACGUUCAAACCGACGUCUCGCCUACUUAAAUCUAUCUGACAACCAGAUUACCGACAUAGGAGCAGGUUACAUUUUUGACAUAUUAAUAGAAUUUCCCCUAACCAGCCAGGAAACGUUCGAUAAAAAAUCAAGGCUUAUGAUAUACUUGAAAGAGAAGAAGGACUUAUUUCUCAUUACUAUUAACGAUCUCAGAGUAAUGGACAGUGAAAAGAAGGCAACAAAAAAAGGUAAGGCUGUUAAAUCACAAGCGUCGACCACAAUGAAGAGGAAGCAAUCAACGCCCUUCAGGGAUAAAAGUUCAACACAUGCAGAUGCUGGCAUGUCGCUCAAUGAAAGAGCAGAAGCGAUAGUCCAGGAACUGAUGGGACCCUUGUUCGAUCCCUUCGAUCGUAAUAACACUGUUAUGCGAGACGAUGAACUCUGUUGUCGUGGUAAUAACACUCUCUGUUAUCUGAACAUAGCUUUCAAUGAUCUUACUAUUGCCAGCGUGGUGAAGUUGCGAGAUGUGCUGGUGGCGCAGAAAGAGAUGAAUAGGAAUCCAAAGGGUCUGGUUAACGUUAGGCUGGAAGGUAACUAUUUGCCUGUACGAUGUGCAGAGAUGCAAGAUAUUGAUGCAAUGCUCGAGGCUAAUUUGUCAACCUUCAAGAGAACAUCUAUUGUUAAAAAGAAAACUGCUAGGAGUACCCCCAGCAAGAGCAGCAGUUAA